GGGGCCGUAGCUUGGAAGCAGGGACCGGGACCUAGUGGGAUUCCGGAGCGACCUGCGUUGAGAAGUGGACUGUGUGGAUUUCACGCAUGUGUAGGGGUGACCAACCGACAGAGUGCCCUAGGAGCCACGGUCCUGAGCCAUGGGGCGCUGCUCCCUCCUGCUCCUGCUCCUAGCUUCCCUGACUCCUGGGGCCGCCAGCCCCGUAUCGCCGUCACUGAGGGCCCCUAGCAGCCUACCCUGGUCAACCAGCUUCAGAUCUCGCCCUACUAUUACCCCGAAGUAUUCGAUUCGCUACAUCCAACAGAAGGUUGAUCACUUUGGAUUUAAUAUCGAUAGAACUUUUAAACAGCGGUACCUAAUAGCUGAUAACUACUGGAAGGAAGAUGGUGGAUCAAUACUUUUCUACACUGGUAAUGAAGGGGACAUUAUUUGGUUUUGCAAUAACACGGGGUUCAUGUGGGACAUAGCUGAGGAAAUGAAAGCCAUGUUGGUGUUUGCUGAACAUCGGUACUAUGGAGAGUCCCUACCUUUUGGUGCUGACUCCUUCUCAGAUUCCAGACACUUGAAUUUUCUGACAACGGAACAAGCUCUGGCUGAUUUUGCAAAGUUAAUCAAAUACUUGAAAAGAACAAUCCCAGGAGCUAGAAAUCAACCUGUCAUUGCCCUAGGGGGCUCUUAUGGUGGCAUGCUUGCAGCCUGGUUCAGGAUGAAGUAUCCUCAUUUGGUGGUUGGAGCUCUUGCAUCCUCUGCCCCCAUCUGGCAGUUUAAUGAUCUGGUGCCUUGUGACGUAUUUAUGAAGAUUGUAACUACAGAUUUUAGCCAAAGUGGCCCAAAUUGUUCAGAGAGUAUCCGCAGGUCCUGGGAUGCCAUUAAUCGACUUGCAAAAAAGGGCCCUGGCUUGCGUUGGCUUUCUGAAGCCCUUCACUUAUGCACUCCGUUAACAAAAUUGGAGGAUGUUCAGCAUUUGAAAGACUGGAUCGCUGAAACCUGGGUGAAUCUGGCAAUGGUGGACUACCCUUACGAGUCCAACUUUUUACAGCCUUUGCCUGCUUGGCCUGUCAAGGUAGUAUGCCAGUAUUUCAAAUAUUCCAAUGUACCUGAUACCCUGAUGCUGCGGAAUAUUUUCCAAGCUCUGAAUGUGUAUUACAAUUAUUCGGGCCAGGCUAAAUGUCUGAAUGUCUCAGAGACAGCAACUAGCAGUCUUGGAGUCCAGGGUUGGAGCUAUCAGGCCUGUACAGAAAUGGUCAUGCCCACCUGUUCUGAUGGUGUUGAUGACAUGUUCGAACCUCACUCGUGGAACAUGAAGGAAUAUUCUGAUGACUGUUUUAAACAGUGGGGUGUGAGACCGAGGCCCUCUUGGAUCCCUACUAUGUAUGGAGGCAAGAACAUCAGUUCGCACACAAACAUCAUUUUCAGCAAUGGUGAACUAGACCCCUGGUCAGGAGGUGGAGUAACCAAGGAUAUCACAGACACCUUACUUGCUAUCGUCAUCCCAAAUGGAGCCCAUCAUCUAGAUCUCCGAGCCAGCAAUGCCUUGGAUCCUGUCAGUGUGCAGUUAACUCGCUCCUUGGAAGUUAAAUACAUGAAGCAGUGGGUCACUGAUUUCUAUGUCCGUCUGAGAAAAAUGAACUGAGUAACUUUUGAUCAUUUUCAGUUUCUUCUUUUAAGUUCAUUCCACCUACAUUUACAUUCACUUUGGCUUUCUGUGCAUAAUUACUUUCCCUUGUUCAUUAAAUUUCGUGUGGUGAAGACUGAGAUAGAGCAAACUUGAUGGUGGGGAUAGCAGCCAUCCCACGACCCAAGUCCUCGCCAUCCCUGUGCCACCUCCAGGAAGAAUCUCUUCACCACAGCUUUCCCACACCAUCCACGGCCUUCAUAACCGGAGCAGAGUAUUGAUUGCCUUUCACAAGAGGGAGAAUCCCUUCUUUUAUUUCUCUGAAAGCAAGGAUUUCUCUUGGUUUUGAAGUCUCUUUGGCCCAUUUGUCACUUGUCCC